AUGAACAAUAAAUAGAGGUAUUAAAAUUGGAAAAAGGCAAGAUCAGACAAAAGGGAUCAAAAGUAAUAAUAAGGUUAGCAAUAACAAAUAUCAAUGCAUCAAUUGCAAUAAUUAAAUAACUAAUAAAGUAAUAGUCAAGAUGAAAGUGAUGAUGAAGAUCAAUAAUAAAUGGCUAAGACAGAGGAAAGAUUGAAUGAUGUUAAAUUGUUUAUGAUUGAUUAUGGUUAAUGUGAUGUUAAGAAAUGCACAGGUAGAAAAAUGGAGAGAUUUAAAUUGUUGACUGCAAUAAAGCCAAAAGUGAAAUUUUAAGGAAUCAUAGUAAGCGCAAAUGGAAAGAAGUAUGUAUCAAAAGAAGAUGAGGAACUAUUACAAAAAGGGAUUUGUGUCAUUGAUUGUUCAUGGGCAAAGAUAGAUGAAAUUACUUAUGUGUCUCCCAAUGAAAGAUUAUUACCACAUAUGGUUGCUGUGAAUCCGGUGAAUUUCGGCAAAUAAUUUAAAUUAUCAUGCGUCGAAGCUAUCGCAGCUACAUUAGCCUUAUGUGGGCGUAGAGAAUAGGCAGAUUUCAUUCUUAGCAAAUUCACUUGGGGAGAGAACUUCUUUAAGAUAAAUAAAGAUGCCUUUGAUCUUUAUUCUGAAUGUCAGAAUGAUAAAGAAUUAAAAAUAGCAGAAUAAAAGUAUUUGGAGAUGGCUUAAAAGAAGGAGAAUACUGGAUAAAGGAAUUAUGAUAUGCCAAGUAGUUCUGAUGAAGAAGAGAAUCAAAUUUAAUGA